UCCCUCUUAGUGGAGGGCCCCAACGAUUUCAUGCUCUCACCAAAUGCCAUCUUCUGUGCCGGUUUCUAUGCAGUUGGCCAAAACGCAUAUUCAUUCGCUGUUUGGUACUCCCAAACCAACGGCGAAACCCAGGAUGCAACCGUCGUAUGGAUGGCUAACCGUGACUACCCCGUUAACGGCAAGGGCUCGAAGCUUUCCCUUCUUCCCAACGGCAACCUCGCCUUAAGGGACGCCGACGAAUCCCACGUUUGGUCAACAAACACCGUUUCACCGUUGUCUGUGCAACUGUUUCUCGACAACACUGGCAACCUCGUUCUGCUUGAAACGAAGGGUGGCGGUGUCGUAUUGUGGCAGAGCUUUGAUUUCCCUACGGACACGCUUUUGCCUCAACAAGUGUUCACGAGAUACGCGAAGCUGGUCUCUUCUAGAAGCGAGAGCAACAAGUCCUCCGGUUUCUACUCCUUGUUCUUCGACAACGACAACGUUCUUCGUCUUCUUUACGAUGGUCCUGAAGUUUCUGGCCUUUACUGGCCAAAUCCAUGGUUGGCCACUUUGGACGCUGGACGAUCCACUUACAACAACAGUAGAGUUGCGGUGAUGGACACACUUGGCAAUUUCAGUUCUUCAGAUGAUUUCUCUUUUUUGACUUCCGAUUAUGGCACUCUGAUCCAAAGAAGAUUAGUGCUUGAUCAUGAUGGAAACAUUCGUGUUCAUAGUCGCAGAAAUGGAGGAGAGAAAUGGUCUGUUACGUGGCAAGCCAAAGCAAAACCGUGUAGUAUUCAUGGUAUUUGUGGCCCUAACAGUUUGUGCUCUUACCACCAAAAUUCUAGUAUGAAGUGCUCUUGCCUUCCCGGGUACAAGUGGAAGAAUGAUCACGAUUGGUCUUUUGGAUGUGAACCGAAAUUCUCUACUCUUUGCAACAAAACACAGUCUCGGUUUUUGCAUAUAAGCCGCGUGGAGUUAUAUGGCUAUGACUAUGGGAUUUUGACAAAUUACACUCUCCAUCAGUGUCAGCAGUUAUGCCUUCAAUUAUGCGACUGUAAAGGCAUUCAGUAUACAUAUGUCUUUGGCAGUGGCACUUAUACUUGUUACCCAAAGUUGCAGCUACGGAAUGCGUAUCAGAUACCGUAUUUCAACGCUGAUUUGUACCUGAAACUUCCAGCAAAUAGUUCAUAUUCUUUUGAAGGAUCCACACAUGAGCAGAGUCUUGAUUGUUCUUCGAGUUUGAGCACGAUGCAGCUUGAGAGAGCGUAUGACAUGAUUCAUGAGAGCAGAUAUGUUAAGUUCUUGCUUUGGUUUGUAGGAGGAUUGGGGGCGUUCGAAGUUUUAUGCAUAUUUGUGAUUUGUUUUUUUCUGGUGAGAACAAGGGAGAGAAAAUAUUCUGGUGUGGAUAGACGAGUCUAUCAUUUGGCCAUGACUGGUUUCAGAAAGUUCAGUUAUUCUGAACUGAAACAAGCCACGAAAGGGUUCCGUGAGGAGAUAGGAAGGGGUGCAGGAGGGGUUGUAUUCAAAGGUGUGUUGUUGGAUCAACGAGUUGCAGCUGUGAAGAGACUGAAGGAUGCGAAUCAAGGAGAAGAAGAUUUCCUGGCAGAAGUAAGCAGCAUUGGAAGGCUUAACCAUAUGAACUUGAUUGAGAUGUGGGGGUAUUGUGCUGAGGGAAAACACAGACUCUUGGUGUAUGAGUACAUGGAGCAAGGGUCUCUAGCAGAAAAUAUGGAGUCAGAUGAACUGGACUGGACCAAAAGGUUUAACAUAGCACUAGGUACGGCAAGAGGGUUGGCUUAUGUUCACGAGGAGUGCUUGGAGUGGAUUCUACACUGUGAUGUAAAGCCCCAAAACAUUCUUCUAGAUUCUAACUAUCAUCCAAAGGUAGCGGAUUUUGGGCUGUCAAAGCUGCGAAACAGAAAUGAUACUAGUAGUACAUACUCUAGUUUUUCACGGAUACGAGGAACAAGAGGUUACAUGGCUCCUGAGUGGGUUUUGAACCAACGAAUCACGUCCAAAGUUGACGUUUAUAGCUAUGGAAUUGUUGUUCUGGAAAUGGUGACCGGAAAGAGUGCAACAAAGGAUGUUGAUUACACUGAUAAUGAAGUGGAGAAAGAGCAUCUCAGCAUGGUGGCGUGGCUUAAAGAUAAACAGAAAAAUGGAUGCAGUUGGGUUGGUGAAAUAUUGAAACCCAAUGUAAAAGGAGUUUAUGAGGAAGAUAAGAUCGAAGCUUUGGUGAGAGCGGCUCUGCAAUGCGUUGAAGAAGAAAAGGAGAAGAGACCCACAAUGAGUCAAGUAGUAGAAAUGCUUCUCAAAUGUAGACGCGAAGAUGAUAAUCUGCAUCAUCUCUCAUAA